AUGCAACCUUCAACCGACGGUAAUCGCGUAGACGAGAAUCCCUCAACAAGCACUAGAGACGUGGCUAGAGAAGUGCAAGUAUCAAAAACUAAAGUGUGGCAAACGCUGCGUGAAGAAGGGCUGUAUCCGUUUCACGUCCAACGUGAACAAGUCCUUCAACCUGACGAUUUUCCAGCAAGAGUGCGGUUUUGUGAGUCGUUGUUGCAUCAACAUGACAAUAAUCCGGACUUGUUGAAGUGCAUAUUGGUGACAGACAUAAAUCCGCACGCUGUCCGUCGGGCACAUUUUCAACAAACAUUUUCGGUGAAUGUUUGGGCUGGCAUGGUGAACGGUAUGCUCAUUGAACCAUUUAUUCUCCCAAAUCGAUUGGACGGGAUGCAAUACCUAGACUUUUUACGCAACAUUUUGCCUUCCUUGUUAGAAGAUGUGCCAUUAAGUGUAAGACAAUCAAUGUGGUUUCUGCACGAUGGUCAUAUUUGUUACCUCUGUUCUGAUAAAACAAUGGAAAUAUUUCUAGAGCAGAAAUGGUGCAGACAACGGUCACUCUGGGAUCAGGAAUGGAACAGUAUUGUCUUUAGUGACGAGUCUCGAUUUUGUUUAGGCAUGCACGAUGGUCGUGCCAGGGUUAGAAGGCGACGUGUAAUGGUUUGGGGUGCUAUAGUUUAUGGUUGCAGGUCACCUUUAAUCUUCAUCAGAGGUAACAUGAACGCGCAGCGUUAUAUCCACGAAGUUCUAGAACCCCAUCUUGACACCCUGGCAGAUCCAACUUUCCAACAAGAUAAUGCCCGACUACAUGUUGCAAGAGUCACAAUAGACUUCUUUCAACAUAGUGAUGUAACAUUGUUACCAUGGCCACCAAGAUCUCCCGACUUAUCCCCAAUUGAGCACGUGUGGGAUAUGAUGGGUAGGAGAUUGCUCAAUUUGCAACGUCCUCCUCAAACUCUAGAAUCACUUCGAGAGGAGUUGGUGGUUGCCUGGAAUGAGAUACCACAGGAGGACAUUGACCACCUGAUCAGAAGCAUGCCUAGGGUUGGAGAACGCGUAGCACAUCAGGGUGCAUCCACACAUUAUUAA